AUCUAUUAUGAACAUUUCAAUUUUACUUCCUCGAUGCUUUUUCGACGAACAUGGCGACAGGUGAAAAUCAUUCUAUCAUUUAGACGUCAAAGACAUAAUUUCGUCAACAAAGCAAGGUGAUGUUUAACAGAUACACAUAAAAAAAGAAAAAUGACUCAUCUUGGAAACAGUAUAUUUGUUGUAGCGAUUGAUUUUGGAACAACAUAUUCCGGUUAUGCAUUCGCUUCGAAACAGGACUUUGCUAAUGACCCACCAAAAUACAGUACCAGUUCAUGGCAGGGGAGUAAACUGCUGUCGCUUAAAGCACCAACAGCAGUUUUAUUAAAUUCAGAUAAAGAAUUGGUUGCUUUUGGGUACGAAGCAGAAAAUCAGUUUUCAGAAUUGCUGUCGAGUGAAGAACAAGAUGAUUAUUAUUACUUCCAUCAGUUCAAAAUGUUGCUGCAUAAUAAGAGAGUUACCAGAACAACAGAGAUCAAUGACGUGGCAGACAAACCAAUGCAGGCCCUUAAAGUGUUUAGCCUUGCCAUAGAAUACUUAAAGAAUCACCUAUUGAAGAAAAUACAGGAACGUCUGAGAAAUGCCUUGGAAGAUGACGAUUUAUACUUUGUUAUAACAGUUCCCGCCAUUUGGGACGAUCCAUCGAAACAGUUUAUGAGAGAGGCAGCUGAAGCAGCAGGCAUCAAGAAAGAAAAACUCGCAAUAGCUCUUGAACCUGAAGCAGCUUCCAUAUUUUGUCAGAAAUUAAAGACAGAUCGUUCUGGAAAUGAAUUUGAUGAAACUGUGAAAUCUGGGAUGAAAUACAUGGUCAUUGAUCUUGGAGGUGGUACUGCAGACAUUACUGUUCACCAGAGAAAACCGGAUGGUACUAUACAAGAAGUGGUGUCCCCUAGUGGCGGUCCAUGGGGAGGGAAAUCCAUCGAUGAGGCAUUUCACAAAUUUCUGUGUGAAAUAUGUGGCACAAAAGUAAUGCAAGAUUUAAAAUCGACUGAGCUGGAAGAUUAUAUUGAUUUGUUUCGCGAAUUUGAAACAAAGAAACGUUCCAUUCGGAACAGUGUUACAAGCAAGAUUGUAAUAACACUACCAGUUUCAUUAACGGAUUUGGUUAAAAAGCAACAUACAAAAUUUGAACUGGCAGUUGAAAAAUCCCGCCACAAGGAAAAUGUGAAUUAUGCCAAGCAAAAACUUCAUAUAACACCUGAUGCCUUCCGUGGCCUUUUCAAAAACACGAUUGAUGAGAUAAUUAAACUAGUUGGAAAAUUACUAAAUAAUGAAAAACUAGAGGACCUAAAAACCAUCUUGAUGGUCGGAGGAUUUUCUGAAUGUGAGCUACUACAAGACGCUGUAAGAUCAAAGAUUGGUGCUCCAAGAAAAUUGAUUAUUCCUGAAGAAGCAGGCCUUGCCGUUCUGAAAGGAGCCGUCUUAUUCGGACACCAGCCUAGAGUUGUAAGCCAACGUAUAUCGAGAGUUACAUAUGGUAUUCAAAGUUGGCCGGAUUGGGACCCGGAUAUGCACCCGGAAACGAAAAAAGUCACUAUAAAUGGCCAAGUGAGGUGCAAAGAUGUUUUCUUCAAGUAUAUGACGAAGGGAGAUAGAAUAACGCCCGGCCAUGAAGUAUCACAAAUAUUCCAGGCUCUCAAACCAGACGAAACUACACUGGAAUGUACCGUUUACACAUCAACGGAUGAAAACCCUCGAUACAUAACGGAUCCUAGUUGUCAACGACUUGGGAUUCUCACCAUCCAGUUACCGCCCCAUUCCGCAGGACAGACGCUAGAGAUAGAAGAAACGCUUAUAUUCGGUGACACAGAAAUUCUUUGCAGGGCAAGAGAUCUGCGCACAGGACGAAUAUCAGAGGUCCAGUUUGAUCUUCUUUAAACAUUACGUGUUGUGAACAAUAAUUGUUUUAUUGUCUGAUUUGCGGAAAAUGUGAUCAAAUAAUGUCAUUUCAUGUUUUAUAUUACAUAAAAAUGUUUUUAAAAUGGCAAUCAAUA